AAUCAUUCCCAUCUGUUUCUGCUCUUCAACCACUGGACUCCACCCUCCUCUCUCUCUCUCUCUCUCUCUCUCUCUGUGGAAUUGGCUUUUCAAAACCCUAACAACCACUGAAACAUUCAAGCACGAGACAUGGGAAUUUCCGGGGUAAUCACCGACGUAUUGGUGGCUCUGCCGUCCGCCGCCGGCUUCAAGUCGCCGGAAUUGAGGCAUUCGCACGCACUCUCCGAUUCAAAGUUCCUUCUUCAUUCUGGAUUCAUCAGAAGCUGUCCUUCACAUUCCACUCCUAAGCUAGGAAUUGGAUUGGAUAAGUCCCAAGUGAGAAGCUUAAUAGUGAGAGCAUCAGGAAGUUUAGGUGGUGAUUUGGCACCAGUUGCUCCUCUUCAAUUUGAUUCCCCAGUUGGCCAACUGUUAGCGCAAAUAUUGCAAACGCAUCCACAUCUGCUCCCCGCAGCCAUCGAUCAGCAGCUUGAGAACCUUCAAGCCGAAAGAGAUGCCCAGGGAGAAGAAACUCAGGCUUCAUCACAAGAUCUCCUUCUGUACAAGAGAAUAGCUGAAGUGAAAGAGAAGGAAAGACAGAGGACAUUGGAGGAGAUAAUGUACUGUUUGAUUGUACAGAAAUUUGUCGACAACAAUGUUUCAAUGAUCCCAAAGAUAUCAGAAACCUCAGAUCCGACUGGCCGGGUAGAUUUUUGGCCAAAUCAAGAACAGAAACUGGAGUCUGUGCACUCCCCAGAAGCAUUUGAGAUGAUACAGAGCCACUUAUCUCUUGUUCUCGGAGAACGGGUUGUGGGACCCCUAGAUAUGAUCGUUCAGAUCAGCAAAAUUAAACUUGGAAAAUUAUAUGCUGCUUCUAUCAUGUAUGGUUAUUUCCUGAAACGGGUUGAUCAGAGGUUCCAACUUGAGAGAUCCAUGAACACCCUUCCCAAAGGCUUUGAUUUAGAGCAGAUAAAGUUUGAAGAUGCGGUACCAGUAAACCCGCUUUGGGAUCCGGAUUCACUGAUACGUAUUCCACCUGAUGACGGUGACGGAGGCGGCAUAACCGAUUCCAGCGAGGGUAAGUCAUAUAGAUUGAGAUCCUAUGUGAUGUAUUUAGAUGCAGAGACACUUCAGAGAUAUGCAACCAUAAGAUCCAAGGAAGCUAUUUCUUUGAUUGAGAAGCAAACGCAGGCACUGUUUGGAAGGCCUGAUAUUAGGAUUGCCAAGGAUGGUUCGCUCGAUGCAUCAAGCGAUGAAGUUGUUGCUAUUACAUUCUCAGGAUUGACAAUGCUAGUGUUGGAGGCAGUUGCAUUUGGAUCAUUUUUAUGGGAUGCUGAAGGCUAUGUUGAAUCCAAAUACCACUUUCUUAAAAGCUAAACGACGAAGUGUUUGUGUGUGAUAUUUCAUGUUUCAGCUUUGUGAACUGUAACGCUCGUUUAAAAAAAAAAAAAAAAAAAAAAAAA